CUUCACCAUCGUUCGAAUUUCGCAGUGAAGCGUUCCGUGAUUUCGCCGCUAAAUAUUGGAGUUAUUUAAUUUUUUCUGAACGAUCGAAUGUCGACUAUGUUGUGCGAUAGCUCGCUGGUGAACGCUGAAGACAUGGAUGUUCAAGAAACGAGUGCUUUUAGGUUCAGCGAAGUGCCUUCUUUGGAGAAAAUCCGACAGAUGCAGUCCAAGUUCGCUAAAGAAAGAGACUGGGAUCAAUUUCACCAGCCCAGAAAUCUUGUGCUUGCAAUGGUUGGAGAAGUUGGAGAAGUAGCAGAAUUAUUCCAAUGGAAAGGUGAAGUAAAGGAAGGACUCCCAGAUUGGUCUCCCAAAGAGAAGCAUCAUCUAGCCCAAGAACUCAGCGAUGUACUUGUUUACUUGGUGAGACUUGCAGAAAAAUGUCAUGUUGAUCUACCCAAGGAAGUAGUGGCUAAAAUAGCACUGAAUUCUAAGAAAUAUCCUGCUGAUCUGGUAAAGGGAUCAAGCAAAAAGUAUACAGAAUACAAGGAAAUGAAUUCAUCAAAUAACUGAAAGAUUGUUUCCUUACCCAGGCAGGAUAAUUCUGAUAUUUUAUGUAAAUCAAGAAUGCUGAUCACUACUCAAUAGACAGUGCUAAAAUUAUACUGGCUCAAAAUUAUUAAAAUAGUUUAGAUACAGUUUUUAUAAUGCACCUGAAUUAACUUGUUUCAAUAUUUAUUGUUGCAACAAUCUGAGACUUCAUCCAGUUGACCUCUGAUAUUCUAAUAAGGUGAAAGUUUGUCACAAGUAAGGCUUUAUCCUUGAAAGAGUUCCUCACUUCAAAAUUAAGUUAUUAUUUCAAGAAACUAUUAACAACUUGAGUACCACCAGUGCGUGUAUCAAUUGGAAUACCAAAAUGUUUACAUGACUUGUGACAAUGAUAUAGCACCACUCGUAAAGUCAUAAAGGCUUUGAGAAAUCCAAUUGAUAAAAUUGUUAGAGAUACUUAUUCUCUUAAUGGAUAGGAUUGGUAUAAAUUUGUAAAUACACAGAUAUAAAUAGGCUCCUAAUUCUCUUGCUUGCAUGGGCUAGACCAUGCCAUUCAUGUUUGAAGUUGUUUUAUUUCAGUCUGUAUAAGAUAGCAAAACUGUGAUGAUUUAUCCCAGAUGGCUUUUUACAACACAAUGCGUAGGCAAUGUUUAUUGUUGAGGAACACAGAUAUCAAUGUUGUUUUGUUUACACGGUGAGGUGUUUCUAAAUUAACUGGUUUUUUUUAAUUUUGCAGUUGAUAUUCCAUUUUACCUUGUGUAAAUUUUUUGUUCAUUUUUAACUUUUUUUCUAAAUAUCCUGUUGUGAUUUAUACAGUUUGAUGAAAUUGCUAUUUGUAUGUCAUGUAGAUAGUUAACAGGGAAAUCUUCUUUUGAAAUAACCAGAAAUUGAAAUGAAGUUAGCUUUGCUUCUUUAUUUUACCAAUUCUUGUUUUUAAUUCAGUUACAAACCUUAAGGAACAUUUCUUUAGUAUAAAUUGUGGUGAAGUGGAAAUGAGAGAAUGAAGUUUACAUUAACUUA